ACAUGUGUCAUCUCGACUAAGAUCAAGCCAGAAAAAAAUAGAAUUAUAGGUUAAAACUGAAUUACAUAAUUACAAAGACAUUCCUGGAAGAAACAAACAUUUGUUAUUAUUUAUUAAAUAUUAUACUUUAAUGUUUGUAGGACAAUCAUAAUGCUGAAGUUUGGAAUCAAAUCUGCUAUUUUCGGCACAGCAGUUUAUUACACGAUCGACAAAGGUGUAUGGAAAGACAGCAGCACCACUGCUGCAUUAUACGAAGAUCUUGAAAAGGGGGCAUCACCUUAUGUUGGAGAGCUCAAGAAACAAAUACCCUAUGAGCUACCUCCACUUCCAUCCAAUGAUAGAUUGUCAUAUCUAUUUAAAUAUUACUGGAAUAGUGGAGUAAAAGCGACAUUCAGGUUUCUUGUGGAUCUCCCAGAGCAUGUUUCCGAUCUAACUGUGAAGACAAUUGACAUGGUGUCUGCCUCUUUGGAUUCAGCAGAACAAAGCGCAAACCUUACUCAAGCAAAAGAUAAAUAAAAAUGUUUGUAGGCCAGAGUAAAGCAAUAUCUAUUAUUUAUUAAACAUGUAAAACAUUA